AUGAAUCUCAGGAACACAACGGGCGUUUCUGAGUUCCUCCUCCGAGGUUUCCCAUCCCAGCCAGAGGUCCAAAGACUCCUCUUCCCACUCUUCCUCUCCAUCUAUCUCCUCACCCUCCUGGGGAACGUGACAAUCAUCUUGUUGAUCCGCUCCGACACGCACCUCCUCCAGACUCCAAUGUACUUCCUGCUCAGUCACCUGGCCCUAGCUGACCUUGGCUUUACCUCCACCACCAUUCCCAAGGCAUUACAUAACAUGCUGUCUCAGAAGAAGACUAUCUCCUACCCUGGUUGCCUGGCCCAGAUGUAUUUCUAUAUGUCUUUUGGCAACUCAGACAGCUUCCUGCUGGCUUCCAUGGCCUACGACCGCUACGUGGCCAUCUGCUGCCCACUGCGCUAUUCUGCCAUGAUGAGCCACAAGCGUUGCCUCCAACUGGCCACCAUGUCUUGGGUUGUCCCCAUCAUUGACUCAUUGCUUUAUACUCUUUUGAUGUCCCAUGUUGAAUUCUGUGACCCUGAAGAGAUCCCUCAUUUUUUCUGUGAUAUUCUCCCACUUUUGGCUAUCUGCUGCUCUGACACCACCCUCAUAGAAAUAAUGGUGAUGACUGAGGGUGUAGUGGAGGUAGUGACCCCAUUUGUACUCAUUAUCAUCUCGUAUGCACUCAUCUUCUACACCAUCAUGAAGAUUCCAUCUGCUGUUGGGAAGCGCAAGGCCUUCUCCACAUGCGGGUCCCACAUUUGCGUGGUGGUCUUGUUCUAUGGCACUGUGAGCUGGGUGUAUUUCAAGCCGAAUCCCAAGAACCUAGACCGCAAGGACACGGCGGCAGCUGUGAUGUAUACCAUGGUGACCCCCAUGUUGAAUCCCUUCAUCUACAGCCUCAGGAACAGUGAGAUGAAAGCAGCCAUGAAGAGGGUCAUUCAGCAACAUUUUUGA